GCGCAAUCAACAACAAGGACUUUGUCAAGCUAAAAAAGUUGGCAUUGAAGCAUAUGGCACGCUAUGGCAGAAACCCCAAAGUCGACUUUGUCAAAAUGCUCCCACAAAAACUAGUAUACAAGGUGUUCUGCUACAUUGAUGAUUAUCGCGAUUUCGCGACUUGCACUCAUGUCAGUCGUGUUUGGCACCAGACGCUCAUGACCGACAUGCAUGCGACCAAUAUUUGGUCGAAGCGUUCCACUGUGUUCUUUAAGGCUUAUCCAUUGAAAUGGCUGACGUCAGAAGAGCAUUGUGCCUUAGCCCAGGCAUUGCGUGGUGAACAAGAUUGUCCUUUUUCAUUUGUCGCUUAUACCUUCGAGCGUGCCCAAGCAAUCGGCGGUAUGGGUAAUUGUGGUCUUCAAUCGGUGGGUACGUAGUAUAUAUUCAGUGAUCUGUUGCGUGUCAGUAUGUAGUCAUUAGUAUCAUCAUUAUUAUAAGCAUUUGCCUGCCGUACGAGGUUGUCGAUAGCUUAAACGUCCAAACGGUUAACCAUCAAGUAUAUUAUUGUGUGUCUAUGC